CUCUGUGAGACUAUUUGAUGGAUAAAACUGUUGAAAAUAAGACAUUUUAUGGCAAUAACAUCUUCUCCUUUUGGGUGACUGAUUGAUCGAUCGAUCGAUCGAAGACAGUUGUUCAAACCCAUCAGUUUUAUUACUCUCUGUGUCUCUCAGCUUUGAUUUCCCUCCUCACCAUCAGUCUUAUUACUAUAUAUUAAAUAAUAAUCAGCGGUCAGAGGUGUUAAUUAACAUGGCCGACCCAAGUCUCGAUGGGACCGUUGCUUUCUAACAGGGGGUUAACCCUCCAGAUUUGUUUCGAAGUGGGUCAUCAUCCACUGUGGUCCUCUCGAGUUUCUGUCGCCUACGAAGCUUCUCUGAAGUCUGAAGUCUGAACCCAGAAAGCCACAGAGACUCUGAGAGAGAAGAGAGAGAGGUAGAGAGGCUUCAACCUUCCUCUGCUGUUGGUGCUGCAUUUUGGCUGCUCUUAGAGAGAGAGAGUAAAGACUGGUGAGAGAAACAGAAAGGGAUCUAAUGGAUUACGAGAGGAUACACAAACCACAGACUGGUAUGAUAUCUCCAAGUAAGCUGAGGAUGAAGUUUAUGGGGCCAAACCAUCAUAGGAAAAAAGAUGGAUCAAACUGUAACUCAAGGACCUCGCCUACAAAGCUUGAGGAUGCUGAGUUUGUCAGAAACAGCUUGUUAGCUUCCAACAGUGGAGAUUUUUAUGAGGAAGUUGCAGCUACUAGCUUAGAAGUUUCCUCCGUGCAAGAAUCCAGGUCGGUGGUGUCGGAAACCAGCCCAGAUGAUCCAAUUUCUUGCCAGCCAAAGGAGACAUUGCGAAGAGAAAAUGUCAGUGCUGGUCAUGUUAAGAUGCAGCAAUACUCAAAGGGUGAUACAGCUAGCUCGAGUGCAGUUCAUCCAAUGAGAAUACUAGAAGAUGAAAGUGUUGAUUAUGACAGCAAUGCUAGUUCAUCCAGCUUUGAAUUUGAUAAAGGGGAAAAAUCAUCGCACAAUCAGCUUUCAAGAUCAUUCUCUAGACCAGUGCCGUCUAAAUGGAAUGAUGCUGAAAAAUGGAUCAUAAACAGGCAUAUUGUACAACCUAAUUAUCCUAAGAGGAAUGCUCCAUACAACCAAACAAAUCGGCUACCAAUAUCAAAUAUGGUCAGAGUUGCUCCAGAGGUGGCACACUGUGAUCAUAAGUCAUCAAAUAACAGGGGAGCGGAGACUAAGCGAGUAGAUUUUUGCCAACCUACGACACAAAUGGCAUUGGAGAAGUUCUCUUUUGUUCCUCCUGGAAGUCAUCCCAUUUCGGGUCAAGCAUCUGGGGUAAGUGCAUGUGGUGAUUUGCGUCCUCUGAGUAAGGACUUGAAGGAAGUGGGUCACAUGGAGUUAUCUUGUACAAGGAGCUCCGCAGAAGAUGCAACGGUUGUUCCUCCCAUAAGGGCAGUUUGCAUGAGAGACAUGGGUACAGAGAUGACCCCUGUUCCCAGUCAAGAGCCUUCGAGAACUGCUACACCUGUUGGCGCAACCACUCCACUUCGUAGCCCAAUGUCUUCUAUCCCAUCUACUCCUCGAAGAGGGGCACCAGCACCCACUCCAACCACUGAUGAGGAAACACCGCAUCCAAUUGAACCCAGCAAAACAGAAUUGUCAGAGCAAGAACUGAAGAUGAAGACAAGGCGAGAGAUUGUAGCCCUUGGCGUCCAGCUUGGUAAGAUGAAUAUUGCUAAUUGGGCUAGUAAAAAUGAGCUGGAGAAGAAUGCGUCCUCUGUUGGGGCCGCUGAUAGGGAAGAGCUUGAGCGGGUUGAAUUUGAAAAACGUGCAGCUGCGUGGGAGGAAGCUGAAAAAUCUAGACACGUGGCGAGAUUUAAGCGUGAAGAAAUCAAAAUCCAAGCGUGGGAAAGCCAGCAGAACGCAAAGCUGGAAGCAGAGAUGCGGAGGAUAGAGGCAAAGGUAGAGCAGAUGAGAGCCCAAGCUAAAGCAAAAAUGGUGAAGAAGAUUGCAAUGGCAAGACAAAGAUCGGAAGAAAAACGAGCUGCAGCAGAAGCCAGGAAAAACCAAGAGGCAGAAAGAAGUGCAGCACAAGCCGAGUAUAUCCGCCAAACAGGCAGGAUGCCAUCAUCAACCCCUUAUAUGUGCUGUGGUUGGUUAUCCUGAGAACUCUAAGCCUUAGAAUGAAAUGAAAAAAGAAAGAACUCAUAAACUCAUCGAUCCAAGUGUCAUUGCAUGGACUUUGUUUGGCAUAUAAUUGUUGGAGUGAUUAACCUGUAAUCAUCAAUGGCGUCCUAUCAGG